GAGUGACAGUCUUCUGUCAUCAGUCACUAGAAGUGAACCCAGCGGAGUCCAGCCAUACCACCAGGGCCACCAAUAGCAAAACCCAUCAGGUUUUGGCAAUAGCCUAGCCUGGUCCCAGGUCUCUUUGUGCUGUAUUGCCAACUUCUAUAGUUGUUGUCAUGCCAAAGACUAUAAGGAUUGGCAAUACGGCACAAAGACAUCUGGAACCAGGCUAGCAAUGAUAUCUUUAUUUCAAUAGAACUCAGGUUGUCAAUGAUAGGCGGCUAAAGUCAGCUGAUAGAGAAGGUGUGCAUGGCUUUGCAUAAUGAGCCCAGAUUAGGGAGCGCUAAUGCUGACACACAGGUGUACCUCUCAUUCAGAGCUGCCGGCACCAAGAACUCAGGGCAGGUACAGAAACACACACAAGUACUAAGAGGGACAGAAAGACCGAGGGGGAACCAAGAGAGACAGAAAGACAGACUAGCUAAGUCACCAUGGCCCCACUCUGGGCACAGGCCUUCCUCCUGGUCACCAUGGCGAUGACGGAUGUCCAGGGAACGGUGGAGAAGGAGCUCUCUCCAGAGUGCAGGGAGUUCCUGUACAUGGGGACGCCCCCCGUGGGCCUGGAGGACCACUCGCUCCAGAAGAUCUGCCAGCGCUACAACAACAAGCCGCGCUACGUCACGCUGUACGACACGGCCAACCACGUCCCCAUCUACUCCGCCUACACCUUCAAACGCUCCGACGGGGAGAAAAGGGUGGACGUGCCCUGGAUGUACGAGCCACAGCUGUCCACAGUUUCUGACACCAGGGAGAUGCAGCCAUUCCCGCGCGGCUACAUGCACAAGAACUUUGAGGACGCCCAGGCCAUCCUGGACGACUACACCAACGCCGUCCUCUACGAGCGUGGCCACCUCAACCCUGACGAGCACCAAGCCGACCCAGACGACAAGGCCUCCACCUACACUCUGACCAACGUGGUGCCCCAGGUCAGAGAGUUCAGCGCGGGCACCUGGAAAGAGCAGGAGCACGUGAUCCGCAAGCGCCUCAACAACUACUGCCACGGCACCGCCUACGUUGUCACCGGAAUCACCACUUCAGGGAACAUGAUCCGGCGCCAUAACAUUGACCGCGUGGCGGUCCCGAAGUACCUGUGGUCGGCCUACUGCUGUACCAACUACGACCACAACGCGCCGUACGAUGAGCGCUACAAGUUUCCGGCGUUCGCCCACUACGCCCUCAAUGAGAAGGAGAACAACCAGGUCCUGGAGCUGUCCGUCAAGAAACUGGAGGAGUUCCUCCAGAGGUCCACCUUCGUGGACAAGAACUUCCAGAUCUUUGUGGAUGACUGUGUCCCGCCUGCCUUUGCUCUGCAUUAGGUCCCCUGGUCUCUCAGUGGACUUGCCUCCCCAAACCACAAGACCUUACGUUUCAUUUACACUUCCUGCAAUGGAAACAAGUAGUCAACAAUAUAGCAGUCUUCUUCAAUUGCUGUUAUUGAUAGAUUGAUUCAUGUUUUUUUUCCCCUCUCCAAAUACUUUCUGCAUAGAUCAUGUGGGCCAAAAUGAUGUUUCCAUCUGUGUCUGAUUACAUAAAGUUCAUCUUAUGACAUACAAUUGAUAUAUAUUGUCAUAAAAUGAGUUCUAUAACGUGGCAUUAGCAAGGUUCUUAUUCAGAGCAACAUUCAGUUUGUGCGUGGGAGGGGUGUCAUGUGACCUGUGAAGAAAAUAACAUACCAGCUCAAAUAAAGUACAACAUGACAAUA